GUGCUGAAAUUGUUUGGGCUAACUAACGCUAGCUAGCUAUUUAAGGGGUUCUGACCUAAACUAGCUAGCUACAGUCCCAGUUGACAUUAGUUUUAAACGAUAAUUUAACUGUGAAAGCGUGUGACCAGAAGUUUUUACAGUUCGUUCGACAGCUGUCCCUGGCUUCUUUGGUGGUUCGGCUAAGGUUAGCGGUGCAGAAUUAAUGCCUUCAGGACCUAGUUUAUAUUAUGCUAACUAUAUGAUUAGGACUAGCUAGGUAAAUGUAGCAUAUGUGUUUAAGCUCAUCUUAAAAAUGACUUUGUCUUGAUGUUCAACUGUCACUCCACGUGUAUCAUCUAGUUCAAUUUCUAAGUUUGACAGAUGAGAGUUUAACCGAGUUUAAUUUGAAGAGACGAUGCUCUAGCGGAAGGGCGGAUGCUGCUAGCUGCUUGUAGCUCGACCAAAGACUGUACAGAGGGAGGACAUAGUGGAUUCCGUUGGGAAGAAGUAGAUCAUCGCCAGGCGCUUCUCUGGGGAUCUCUCUCGGUCCUACUUGUAGGUUAGCGGUGUCAUCUCUGGGAUGUGUUCACCAAGCCUCCACGUCUCUGGGAUUUAAAUUAGCCUGGAAUAUGAGCAGAAGAAGAAGAUAAGCAGCGGCGGCUGGCUUCCUGCAGGAUUUUGCCAAGGCUUUUUGUUUCCCUGGACAUGCCUGGUCUAUGGAGCAACGCCGAGCUAAGCUAGCUGGCUGACAGUCCGGCUAGCGCAACAUUUCCAGGCUUUUGGAUGAUUGUUUAGCUGAAGGGCUGAAUUUAUUUCGGAUCAGCGCUCCAUCCCACGGCUGGGUAAGGAGUCAGCAUGGGGGAGCCCAGCCUGGACGACGCCAAUGUCAAGGUGGCUGUUCGUGUACGGCCGAUGAACAGGAGAGAAAAGGAACUAAACACUAAAUGUAUCGUCGAGAUGGCGAAGAACCAAACGAUCCUCCAUCCUGGCGGAGCUAACCUGGGCAAAGCAGACUCCAGGAGUCAGUCCAAGGUCUUUGCCUAUGAUUACUGCUUCUGGUCCAUGGAUGAGACAGACGAGGAGAGAUUUGCCGGCCAAGAGGUGGUCUUCCAGUGCCUUGGGGAAAGUCUUCUCCGCAACGCCUUCCAGGGCUACAAUGCCUGUAUCUUUGCCUAUGGACAAACUGGAUCGGGAAAGUCGUACACCAUGAUGGGUUCAGGGGACCAGCCAGGCCUGAUUCCCCGGCUGUGCAGUGCUUUGUUUGAUCGAACCCAGAAGGAACAGCGGGAGGAGGAGAGCUUCACUGUUGAGGUGUCCUACAUGGAGAUCUACAACGAGAAGGUCCGAGAUCUGCUGGACCCCAAAGGGGGUAGACAAACUCUGAGGGUGAGGGAACAUAAGGUUUUGGGUCCCUACGUGGAUGGCCUGUCUCGACUAGCUGUGGCUAGCUACAAGGACAUUGAGUCUCUGAUGUCAGAGGGAAAUAAGUCUCGGACUGUCGCUGCUACCAACAUGAAUGAGGAGAGCAGUCGAUCACACGCCGUCUUCAACAUCAUCCUCACGCACACACUGAAAGACUUGCAGUCUGGGACAAGCGGGGAGAAGGUGAGUCGGUUGAGUCUGGUAGACUUGGCUGGAAGUGAGAGAGCGGCAAAGACUGGAGCAGCAGGGGAGCGACUCAAGGAGGGAAGCAAUAUCAACAAGUCUCUCACUACACUGGGCCUGGUGAUCUCUGCACUAGCUGAACAGGGAUCAACAAAGAACAAGAACAAGUUUGUUCCCUACAGAGACUCUGUGCUGACAUGGCUGUUGAAGACACUGCGGUACGCGGACAGAGCAAAAAGCAUUGUUAACCAUGCCGUUGUUAACGAAGACCCCAAUGCUCGCAUAAUCAGGGAGCUCAGAGAGGAAGUAGAGAAACUAAGAGUGCAACUGACUCAGGCAGAGUCUUUGAAGGCUCCAGAGCUUAAAGACCGUCUGGAAGAAUCAGAAAAAUUGAUCCAAGAGAUGACUAUCACCUGGGAAGAGAAGCUUCGAAAAACUGAGGAGGUUGCACAGGAGCGCCAGAAGCAGUUGGAGAGUCUGGGUAUUUCUCUCCAGUCUUCAGGGAUUAAAGUUGGAGAUGAUAAGAGUUUUCUUGUCAACCUCAACGCUGAUCCUGCCCUCAAUGAACUGCUGGUGUACUACCUGAAGGAACACACAAAGGUGGGCUCGGCAGACUCUCAGGACAUCCAGCUGUGCGGGAUGGGUAUCCAGGCAGAGCACUGUGUCAUCAACAUUAUGGCAGAUACUGCAGUCAUCCUCACCCCCUACCGCAAUGCUCGGACAUGUGUUAAUGGUUCUCCAGUGACCAGUGCGCUGCAGCUUCACCAUGGUGACCGGAUUUUCUGGGGUAACAACCAUUUCUUCAGGAUCAACUUGCCAAAGCGGCGCUCUCGAGGGCCUGAUGAUGAAGAGGGUGAAGGUAGUGCGAUGAAGAACAGUGGCAGCAGUGAGCAGCUGGAUGCAGAUGGUGACACAGCCAGCGAAGUGUCCAGUGAAGUCAGCUUCUCCUAUGAGUUCGCCCAGACAGAGGUCAUGAUGAAGGCCCUGGGCAAUAAUGACCCCAUGCAAGCAGUCCUGCAGUCUCUGGAGAGGCAGCACGAAGAGGAGAAGCGCUCUGCUCUGGAGCGACAGAGACAAAUGUAUGAGCAGGAACUCCAGCAGCUCCGCAAGAAGCUGAACCCGGACCGGCUGUCCACCGGUCCCUUUGGAGGGCCGGCGUCUGGCCAGCAAGGUCCAGGACAGCAGUCUCACUACCGCAGCAUGGAGAGACUCAGUAUGGGAGGGAUAAGUCAUUCAACCAGUGCUCAGAGCAGACUAAGGCACUGGAAUGAGGACAGGGAGGCAGUGUUGGUUAGGAGUCUGCGACGGCUGAGGGAGCAGAUAGUGAGAGCAAACCUCCUGGUUCAAGAAGCCUGUUUCAUCUCUGAGGAGCUGGAGCGACACACCGAGUACAGAGUCACUCUGCAGAUUCCAUCGGAUAACCUCAACGCAAAUCGCAAGAGGGAUGCAGUGCUCAGUGAACCAGCAAUUCAGGUUCGACGUCGGUGUCGAGGGAAGCAGAUCUGGAGUCUAGAGAAGAUGGAGAACCGUCUGGUUGACAUGAGAGAGCUGUACCAAGAGUGGCAGGACUACAACCUCCAUCACCAUGACAACCCUGUGAUGCGCUCAUAUUUCCGUCGAGCAGACCCGUUCUUCGACGAGCAGGAAAACCACAGUCUGAUCGGCGUUGCAAAUGUCUUCCUUUCCUGUCUCUUCUACGAUGUCAAGCUGCAGUACGCUGUUCCCAUCAUCAAUCAGAAGGGGGAGGUGACAGGGCGUCUUCAUGUGGAGGUGGUGAGGGUUGGAGGGGGAUUAGAGGACAAUAUGGCUGGAGGCGAUGAAUCCGAUAACAACCAAGACACUGAAGUCCAGGAUCGCAAACUGGUGUGCAUGAUUAAGAUCUUGCAGGCCACUGGUCUUCCCCAGUACCUGUCCAACUUCGUCUUCUGUCAGUAUUCAUUCUGGGACCAGCCUGAGCCUGUCAUUGUGGCUCCUGAAGUAGACCCGUCAUCCUCGUCGCCCAGCACCAAGGACCCACACUGCAUGGUGGUGUUUGACAGCUGCAAGGAGGUGGCAGUGUCAGUAACAGAGGAUUUCAUUGAAUACCUGACUGAAGGGGCAGUUGUCAUUGAGGUAUAUGGACACAGACAGGCUGAUGCAGGAAGAAACCCUGCCCUGUGGGACCUCAGCAUUAUCCAGGCCAAAACACGCACAUUGCGAGACAGGUGGAGUGAAGUAACACGUCGCCUGGAGCUGUGGAUUCAAAUCCUGGAGAUAAAUGAGAAUGGAGACUUUGUCCCAGUGGAAGUGGUUCCUGCCAAAGAUGUGCGGACUGGGGGAAUCUUCCAGCUUCGGCAGGGUCAGUCGAGGCGAAUUCAGGUGGACGUGCGUUCAGUUCAGGACUCGGGCACCAUGCCUCUGAUAGCAGAAAUACUGCUUGCAGUGUCAGUGGGUUGUGUGGAGGUCAGAAACACCACAGCAAACCAGGAAGGAGAUGAGAUGGACAGUUAUCAGGAAAGAGACCUGGAGCGUUUGCGGCGGCAGUGGUUAGCUGCUCUCACCAAGAGACAGGAAUACCUCGAUCAGCACCUGCAGAGCCUGGUCAGCAAAGCAGAAAAAACAGAGGAUGACAUGGAGAGGGAGGCCCAGCUGCUAGAAUGGCGAUUGACUCUGACAGAGGAAAGAAACGCUGUCAUGGUGCCCUCUGCUGGCAGCGGCAUUCCUGGAGCUCCUGCUGAAUGGGUUCCUCUGCCUGGCAUGGAGACUCACACUCCUGUCGUCUUCCUGAACCUCAAACCUGAUGACCUCAGCUCUCCAGACCAGUUUGAGGUUCCUGAGGCUGGAGGUUGGGAUGCCACCCUGAGUGGAGAGGAUGAGGACGACUUCUUUGACCUGCAGAUCGUCAAACACUACGAUGGAGAGGUGAAAGCAGAGGCAUCAUGGGACUCUACCGUCCAUGAGUGUCUCCAGCUCAGUCGUGGGGGGGCGUGGCCGGAGCAGCGGGUAUACCUGACAGUUCGAGUGGUGGUUCAGCUUAGCCACCCUGCUGACAUGCAGCUGGUCCUAAGAAAGAGGAUCUGCGUCAACGUUAACCAGGGCCGCCAGGGUUUUGCACACAACUUUCUUCGAAGGAUGUCCACCCGCAGCACCAUACCAGGCUGUGGGGUCACGUUUGAGGUGGUCUCCAACAUCCCCGGGGACGCCCCUGGUUCAGAGGACAGGGAGAUGCUGGCUAACCUCGCUGCCAGCGCACACAACGGCCAGUCAGCUGAUGACGAGGCUGCAAUAGAGAAAUACCUCCGCAGUGUCCUCAGUCUGGAGAACAUCCUGACUCUGGAUAGACUCAGACAGGAGGUGGCAGUGAAGGAGCAACUGACAGGCAGAGGGAAGAGCAACAAACGGAGCAUAAGUUCUCCUUCUGUCCACAGGCUGUCAGGAAGUAGACAAGACCUGUCCACAACCUGCCUGGACGAUAAGGGUCGAUGGGAAAGUCAGCAGGAUAUCUUCAUGCCUUCUCAGUUUCACCGCACCCUCCCCCGGCCUGCCUCUUCCCCUUCCACCUACUCCACCUCCCCUUCUUCAUCCCCUACUCCGUUCGGCAUAACAUCCUCACAGAACCAGGAACCAGAGCAAGGUCGUUCAGGACUUGCUGCCUCUUAUCUUUCAGUUAAAGCCCUGGUUCCUCAGAUGCCCAAACUGCUCAAGUCUCUGUUUCCAGCACGAGACGAGAAGAAGGAGCUGAGACCUUCACCACACAACCAGCAGCAGCAUGUCCCUCGCAUCGUAACAUCAGGAGGGGACGACAGUCGAGUCAAGGCUGAGACGACUGCUAUUCUCCGGCCCCCAAACAAAGACAGACGGGCAGAGUUCCCAGAAGUCCCUUCUCUUCCUGUGCAUGACCUGCAUGACAUCACCCCCCUCAGCCCCCUCAGCCAGUCAUCAAGCGGCUACUUCUCCAGUAGUGUUUCUACCGUUACCCUGUCUGACGUUCUCCAACCGUCCUCCUCGUCGUCCUCCCUCCUGGCCGCUGAGACUACGUUACCCACAAACCCCCAGGGGCUGGGUGCUGACAGGAACGAUGUUGUAAACUCUCCUUCUCAGUGUGGCACCAAGAUGGCCGUCGUCGCUCCACCCGCUUCCCGCAGCUCAGCCAAUCACAACAGCUUCACUGCAGAAAACUCCUUCUCUGAACACAAGCUGGUCAACUCAGGAGGAGGAGGAGGAGGAGGAGGAGGAGGAGGUGAUGGCUUUGAGAGGCUGGAGAUCUUUGUAGACGAUGAAGAGCGUAGCCAUGACAACGCACUGCCUGACUGGCUGACAGAAGGGGCGUGUGUUACAGUAGGAAGCAAUAAGGCCGGGGCAGUGCGCUACGUGGGAAUGACGCAGUUUGCGGAUGGAGUGUGGGUGGGGGUGGAGCUGGACACCCCUGUAGGCAAAAAUGAUGGUUCUGUUGGAGGUCAUCGGUAUUUCCAAUGUAAACCGGGUUACGGGGUGCUGGUUCGCCCGGACCGGCUGUCCUGCCGUGAUCGGACCAGCCGGCGAACGGGAGACUUCACUGCUCCUGCCCAUGUCCCCGUCUUGCGAGGAGAAGCCAUUGUUGCCCGCCAGGGGGAGAAUCGCAAGUCCUGGAACAGCUGAGACCGGGAAAGAAGGAGCUGGAUGGGAGAGAUGAACUCCCUACAGCCCUCCUCCUUCUCUCCUCCUCCCAGCUAUGCAAAAGGCUCACACAUCAAAACUGAAAUACUGCCUACCUUCCCAUAGUCUGAAACUACACUCACUACGUCCGUUCACAAGUAAUGGAUGGAAGUAGAAUAAAGACAGAAUAAAGACAACGAAGGCAAAGAAGUUGAUGACAGACUAUUCAGAGUGUAUAGAAGUCUGUGGAAGGACUAUUUAUCAUAAUUUGGGAAGAUGAUGUUAAAUGAAUGGCAGUCAAUAGGGAAGACUGCUGAGAGGAAAUGAAAGUCAGAGCAGUCUUUGUCGUAUCUGGAGCUGAGCGGGGGGGUGUGGAUUGGAUGCUGCAGACUGGAGGAUUUGCCUCAGAGAUGCUCUCUGAGCUGCUAUACAGGGAUGCAACCAGACCCAUUUUAGGCAGGAGUCACGUUUUUGAUCCCAGUUCACUUCAGAGAAUAUAUAUUUUAAACUUUGGAGGCAUUUUAGAGUACAGAAAACACACUUAUAGAAUGAAGAUAUUUUGCAAUUUUUUAUUCUGUUUAUCAUUUAUAAUAAGUUAUUAUCAGUAGCUUUAGCUAUCAGAAUAUAUCAAAAUGUACACAUUCUUAGAGCUGAAAGCAAUGUCUAAAUGAAUAAUAUAGAAUCUUCUUUAGUGUUUUAUGCAUUUCUUAUCCUGCCUACACGUCUCACUACAGUAUGUGCUCUGUGUUCUCGGUGAAUGAGGAAACGGAUCCAGUUGAAUUUUUAGACACCAUUUUUUUCAUUUGGAGGAAAAGUGACAUAAAGCCUAAUCCAAGCCAUACUUUGUGUUUGCAUCCCUGAAUAUGAUGUCUCUGCCUGGUAGUCCUGAGACUCUAUGUCCCAGAAUGCCCUGCUCCGGCUGCCACUCCCCUGAACUCUCUUGUCCACAGACACCUCGACUCCUUGUUUGAGACUCGUCUCCUCCUCCUGGACUCCUUUUCUUUUGAAAAUAGAUCCUCCCAGAAUGUGCCUUGGCCAUGGCCGGGUUUGGUUUGCAUUUGUUUUUCUGUGUAUUUAAUUUCUGUUCGCUGUGUUUUAAGAGAAUGCCUUGUGCUAAGUGUGAGGUGAUCUCAGGGACUGCAGAGGGGAAAGGACAAGGAGGGGCGUGUGUGUGCACGUGUGUGUGUGUGUGUGUUUAAAUGUUAUACAGUGUUGCCCUAUGUGCACAGAUAAGUUUGUAUUGUCGUAGCCGGGUCGUUGUUGACAUGAAGACUGUGUUGAGCAGGAGAGGUUGUGUCCUUGUUGGACAAAGCCACUAUAAGAGCUAAUAGUUUGUACUGGGAGGCUUUAAAAGUCCAUUUUGCACUGGAGACGUUGGAGGAGAAGCAGCUGAUGCUAGCAGGUGUGUGUGUGUGUGUGGACGUGGUGCAGCGAGCGAGGCAGAGCGCUGGACGAGUGUUUCCUUUGAAAGUGGUGUUGAUGUGGUUGUCUCCAUCUGGAUGCCUGUUCUUGGAGCUAACUUGCUAGCUGUCCUCUGUGACUGACAUUUGGACGCCGGGGGGGCACUGCAGUCCUCGGGUGUUGGUGCCAAUAGGCAUGAGCAUGUGUUAAGGAAAAAGAAAGUGAGAAGCUCCGCUGCGUAUUCCCCACUUGAGAAUUGAUUUGAUUCUAUGCAUUUGAUCAGUUUUUAAAUGUAGUUUUUAUCUUUUUAGUUGUAAAUGACUGAGGACUCAAGCGGGAGAAGCGGCGGCGUGUUUUGGGAGAGUAGAAAACUAGAAAGCAGUUAUGACUGACUGAACAUUCCUGCAUGUCUGCUGAAGAAAAAUUCCCGACCUUGGGAUUUUUAACAUUAGUUUUUUAUAAAUGUCACAUUCCAGAGGGACUGAAACAUUUUACAGUGACCUUCUUCUUUGUGUAUUCAUUUGUGGAAAAGCAUUAGCAAUAUAUCACAGCACUGUUUCAGACUUUAUAUACUUUCAUAUGCUUUGUGUAUACCAUCAAUUCACAAAGUGUAUCAACAAAAUACACAAGUACUCGCAAUACUUUUCCAUAAUGUUUUUACACACGUUUAGUUUACUCUCAGAAGGAGUACUACUCAGCCUGUGAAAGCACUUGAAUACGUCUUGUGGAGCUCUGGGGGAGCUUCAUGAAGUCUG